AUGCAAUUCAAGGCGCUCGCUACCCUCCUCUUCGCCGCUCUGGCAGUGGCCAAUCCCGCCCCUCAGGACGGCGGUGAUCUGACCGAUCUGCUCGGCUCCAUUCCCAGCUCCGUCCUCGCCGAGCUGAUGACCGCUAUUCCACCCUCUGUCAUUGCGGCUUUUGCCAAUCCUACCUCGGCUGCCAGCAUCGUCAACGAGAUCGAGCAAGGACACAUACCUGCCUGGUACACCAGCCUGCCCGACGACGUCAAGGCCUGGGCUUCUUCCGCUGCCAUGAAGGAGAUCGCCGGUCUUAGUGCUACCCCCACCCCCACUGGUAGCUCUGCUGCUACGGCUACCGGUUAUACUACCACUGCCGCCGUCACUUCUUCCUCCACCAAGACCACUACCUCGAGCUCUGCCGGUGCUUCCUCGACCUCGGCCUUGACCUCGUCUCACAACGCUGCUGCCACCGGCGCUGUGGCCAUCAGCUUUGCCGGUGCUGCUGGUGUGCUUGCUGUCGCCCUUGCCCUGUAA